UUCAGCACCCACCGUUUCUCUCUCUCUCUCUCUCUCUCUUUCUGGGAACGAAGAAAAAAGAGCAUAGAACAGUUCAUCCGUAAAUUUCGCAAUCUCCAAAUUCUAGGGUUUCGAGCUUCUCUCUCCGCUUCGAUUCUCAUCGGUUCCAGAAUCCAAAUGCUGAGCCAGCCCCCUUCUCUAGCGCAAACCACCUGCGGAUCUCUCCUUCAGGAAUUGCAGGUUCUCCCGCUUUCCUUCGCACCCACACUCACCAUCGCGCUCGAUCGCGAUUCUCGGACUGUGAUCGUGGUGUUCAGUUUAUGGUUAUUCAGCGCGUAUUUGUUCUUUGCGCGCCUUUUUGAUUUCUGAUCCACUGUCGCUGUGUUGUUCUUCAGUGUGCAUUUGUUGGUUUGUACUCGAUUUCUGUACCUGCCAUCUGGUUGGUUGUCGGGGAAUAAAGUUCUGCCUUUUUUCAGCAUUUUGUUUCCGAAGAAAACGAAAAAUUUCACUCCAGAAAGAAAAAAUAUUAUUUUAUCUCCUUGAAAUUCGCAACAGCAAAAAACAAAAGGAAAUGGAGCGAUUCUUAGAUUCCUCUUCACUCUUGAUGUGUUGGAAAAAAUAUGGGAUGAAAUUGGGGAGCAAGAAAGUGAAAGGGAUAAGAUGCUUCUGCAACUCGAGCAAGAGUGCCUUGACAUCUACCGUAAAAAGGUUGAGAAAUCUAGGAAGUACAAGGCUGAUUUACAUCAGGCAUUGGCCGAGGCUGAAGCUGAAGUAGCCAAUAUUGUUGCUGCCCUUGGUGAAGGAGCUUCUUUUUCACGGGAAAAGGGCACUCUCAAGGAGCAGAUAGCCGGUGUAAAGCCUAUCUUGGGGGAUUUGAGGUUGAAGAAACAAGAAAGACUAAAGGAGUUUUCAGAAACUCAGUCACAAAUUAUUGGGAUUUGUGCAGAAAUAGCUGGUAAUUCCCAAUUUGUAAAUUCUACUGAUACACGAAUAAAUGAGCAGGAUUUGAGUAUGAAGAAAUUGGGGGAGCUGAAGUCACACCUUCAGGAGCUUCAGAAUGAAAAGGCUCUUCGUCUUCAAAAGGUUAACAGCCAUGUAAAUACCAUCCAUGAACUUUCAGAUGUGAUGUCACUAGAUUUUAAUAAUACAAUGGUUGAAGUUCAUCCAAGCUUUGGUGAUGCAACUGUCCAAUCAAAGAACAUUAGCAACGACACUCUUGCUAGAUCAAUAGGCGUCAUCAAUUCAUUAAAGCAAGAGAAACAGCAAAGGCUGCAAAAGCUUCAAGACCUUGGGCGCACUCUCAUAGAGUUGUGGAAUCUUAUGGACACACCUGUUGUUGAACAAAAAAAGUUUGACAAUGUCACUUGCUUAAUUUCUUCCUCUGUUGACGAGGUCUCAACUCGAGGAUGCCUAGCUUUGGAUGUCGUUGAGCAGACUGAGGUUGAAGUUGAGCGACUGAAUUCUUUAAAAGCCAGCAAGAUGAAGGAUCUGGUACUGAAGAGGCAAAAUGAGCUUGAGGAAAUAUACAGAAGUGUUCAUGUUGAUGUCGACAGUGAAACAGCGCAACAGAUACUCAUCAGUCUUAUAGAAUCUGGUAAUGUUGACUUAUCUGAUUUGCUUUCCGGCAUGGAUGAUCAGAUCACAAAAGCUAAAGAGCAAGCUUCAAGCAGGAAGGAUAUUUUGGAAAAGGUGGAUAAAUGGAAGUAUGCAUCUGAGGAGGAAAACUGGCUUGAUGAAUAUGAACGGGAUGACAAUCGGUAUAGUGCUGGCAGAGGAGCACAUAAAAAUUUGAAACGUGCUGAGAAGGCUAGGAUUCUGGUUGGAAAGAUACCAUCUCUUGUUGAGAAUUUGAGUGCAAAAGUUAAAGCAUGGGAAAUUGAGAAAGGAAUCCCUUUUUUAUAUGAUAAGGUUCCUUUGUUGCAAACUUUGGAGGUAUAUACUGCACAACGGCAUGAGCGGGAGGAGGAGAAACGUAGAUCUCGGGAGCAGAAACGGCUGCAAGAACAACUUACUACAGAGCAAGAGGCACUGUUUGGUUCCAGACCUACCAUAAAAAAGCCUCUGGGUCAGAGCAUUGCAGCUAACACCACAAUUGGAACACCAGUUGGUCGGCGUGCACUGACUCCUUCAGCCCGUCAUGGGAUAUCGGGUGGUGGUAAGGAACGUAGGGACAGUGGCAAGCUUGGCACUGUAAUACCUGUAAACUAUGUUGCUCUUACAAAGGAUGAUUCACUCUCUCAAGGCAAUUAGGCUCUCUUUUCUCUCUCAUUCUCUCCUUGAAUGUCUGCAUGCACAUGGGUGUCGGGGCUGAGAUAUAGGGAGGUAUUGCCAAUUGAAAGCUUUAGGAAUGGGUUUUGAUGAUUUGAUUGAUUGAUAAGGUUCCAUAAUGAUGGCCUUGGUUAUAUAAUCUCUUAUACUAAAUGCAUAUUCUCUCUCUCUCUCUCUCUCUGACUUGAUGAUAAAUUCUGAUUGUGGAUUCUCAGGCUAAAAUGAAUGUGUAAUUUUUUUAAA